AUCAUGUCUGCAUUUGCUUUCUUGAUAUUUUGCGUUCAAGUUUGCUUGAUUCAGAAUGUAUACAGUCAAUGCAUUGGUGCUGGAACAUAUGGCCAAAGCUUCACCAAUCCAGGCUUAAGCCUUACCAAUCCUGCUCUUAAUGGCAUAAAUUUGGCAUCUGGUGGCCAAUAUAAUGGUCCAAUAGCUGGGCCACUAGCUGGACCAACACCUGGCCCAGUGGUUAACCAAAUAGCUAGUCCUUUUGAAGGCAUCGCGGGAGCGUACGGCGGCUUUGGCAUCGGUGACGUCACGGUGUUGGGAGAAAUGCCAGUAGCCGGUACAACUCUAGUCACUGGUCAAGUGCCAAUCCUCGGUGCUGUGCGCUUCUCAGGAGACCUGCCAGCUGGUGGCAUUGUGACUAUAUCUGGCAGCUGUGGUUGUGGAUCUAAUAGUCCUAUUGUAUAUUAGAUUAGAAUAAGAAUAUUAAAUUAUUAUUUGCACAUA